UGCUGCAACAAGCUGGAGGCUCAGUGGAGAUUCAGCAGAGGACCAGAGAGGAGAGAGGAGAAAGGAGGUGGAGGAGAGGAGCCACAGCUGCUGCGCGCGGGUCCGGAGCUGAUGUUUUAACGCGUUUAACAACAAGAGGAUUUUAUAAAAGUUCCUUCGUCUCAGCUGAAGAAUUCUUGCAGCUUCUGUAGAAAUCCAUCCCACAGAUUCAGGCGGAUUUCAGUGGUUUCAUCGCGGAUGCAUCGUGCGCCUCAGAGCUUUCCAGGGCUGUGACCGUGCGCCUCGGAGCUGGAGGAGGCUGUGCGCGCCUGAGUGUGUGUGUGUGUGUGUGUGAGAGAGAGAGAGGUGGCGGAGGAUCAGCCGGAGUGGCCGUCCAGUCAGAAGGAUGCUGGAGGGCAAUGCCCGCAGAACGAGAGGAUGAGAUCUGUCGAAAGGCGCUGGAGCUGCUCUCAGACCUGUGCUCCAAGGGCGAGGUGCAGGACGACCACUGCCUGGACUUCACCUACUACUUCAGGGACCUGGCCAGGCCCAGAUACACGGACUCAGAUGUGUCGGUGAGUCUGUUGUCUCUGCUCGUCACCACCUGUGGUCUGGCGCUCUUCAGCGUCUCCCUCUUUGUGUCAUGGAAGCUGUUCUGGGGACCACUGAGUGGCCGUUUCCUCCCAGAUAUCCUCAAGGGGGCGCACUUCCUGGGAGGAGACCAGCAGCCUGUGCUCACAGAGGUGGACGGGGAGGAGAGGGAGUACAGCGAGGAAUGCUGCAUGAAGGAGUCUUCAGGGAUUCACUCGGCGGUGGUUGUGCCGGGCUCGGGCCUGAAGAUCAGCCACACUUCACCCGACAUCCCGCUGGAGACCCAGACCAAGGUGGAGAGAAACCAGGUCCACACUCUGGCGAGGGACAGGGUCCAGAGACAGAUAACUGAGCCUACCUCGUCUGUACGGCACAACUCCAUCCGUCGGCAGAUGAACUUGUCCAACCCGGACUUCAACCCUGCUCAGUUCCAGCGCCAGGACUCUCUGUCUGGUUUGGGCCGAAUCAAACCAGAACUCUACAAGCAGCGUUCGGUGGAUGCUGAAGACGGGCGUCGCCCCGGCGCCUGCGGGUUGAUCCAUUUUAUCCUGAAGUUUGACUUCGACCUGGAGCAGCUGAUCGUGAAGAUCCACAGGGCACAGAACCUUCCUGCCAAGGACUUCUCAGGGACCUCCGAUCCUUACGUCAAGAUCUACCUGCUGCCUGACCGCAAAACCAAGCACCAGACCAAGGUGCACCGCAAGACUCUCAACCCAGUGUUCGACGAGGUGUUUCUCUUUCCCGUGGCCUACACGGAGCUGCCGAGCCGGAAGCUGCAUUUCAGCGUUUACGACUUUGACAGGUUCUCACGCCACGACUUGAUUGGCCAAGUGGUGGUGGACAACUUCCUGGAGCUUGCCGACUUUCCCCGGGAGACUAAACUGUGCCGAGACAUACAAUACGUAACCUCGGACAACGUGGACCUGGGAGAGCUGAUGUUCUCGUUGUGUUACCUCCCCACGGCUGGCCGGCUCACCAUCACCAUGAUCAAAGCCAGAAAUCUCAAAGCCAUGGACAUCACCGGGGCCUCAGAUCCGUACGUGAAAGUGUCUCUGAUGUGUGAAGGCCGGCGGCUGAAGAAGAGGAAGACGUCCACCAAGCGAAACACCCUGAACCCGGUGUACAACGAGGCCAUCGUGUUCGACGUUCCUCCUGAGAACAUCGACCAGAUCAGCCUGCUCAUCGCCGUCAUGGACUAUGAUCGAGUUGGACACAACGAGGUGAUCGGCGUGUGCAGAGUGGGCAAUGACGCUGAGAGUCUGGGACGAGACCACUGGAGCGAGAUGCUGACGUACCCGAGGAAACCCAUCGCUCACUGGCACCCGCUCAUAGAGUGGGUCGUACAGACAGUGGCGGGGAUCGGAAGCCAAGGAGGAUCCACCAAUUCACUGAAGAUGCCACCUUCACCAUGAAGACACACACACACACACACACACACACACACACAAAGAGCCUCAGGGUGGAAGAGUGAUGAUGGGCGAUGGGCCUGCAGAUAGUGAAAUAUUAAAACAUAAAGUACCAGGUGUAUUAGUACCCGGUGAGACUAACCUGUAGUAACAUCAUCUCAGCCAUCCCUCUAACCGAUGUGUCAUUAGACUGAACUGUGGGCUAAUCACCACGUUUUAAAACACUUAACUACAUUCCAGAUGAACUAACUACAGAACUUUAUCUCUUUUAAAAAAUGUAACUGACACGACUAACAGGUUGAGAUUAACUAACAGGUCGAGGUUUCCUCAGCACGUCACAGGUUAUGGACCAAAAUCAUUAAUUUCAAUGUGAACGAGUGGAGCUGUGAUUAGUGACGUGUGUGAGAUCAGUUAGAGUCGGGGAACGGAGUUAAGAAUGAGAGGAGAGUUAUCAGAUCAUUGUAAGACUAUAUUUGUGCCGAGGUCGAGUUCUGCAGCCAGCCACCAGAGGGCACUCCAGAUGUUUUGGGCUUCACAUCGAAGGGGCUGUCAUGUCCUCCCUCUUCAUCUUCAGUCUGAGCAUCGAACCCUCUCCUGCACUGAUUAUAAAGUACACAACCUAAACUUUUAGUUCAAACCUUAGUUUCACUGCAGAGGGCGACUCUCUCACAGAACUCUUCCUGUAGAGACGUAAAGUGAAGAAUGUGUAAAGCAGCUGACGGGAUCACACAGUGUUUGAUUUACUGCAUGUUAAAUACUUUGUUUACAGGGUGCGGUCAGAAUGAAGGAAACACAAGCUUGAUGUUACCAGUGUUUGAUGUUCUGGUAAAUCUGGAAAUCAUCGGAUCUCCUCCGAGGAAACAUCGAUGCUAACUGUCAGAUUGAAUGCUAAUGAUUCUCAGUGAUAUCCUCGACAUUCUGAUGUGUUUCAUCAUCCAUGUUGUAAUAAGACUAAAGGCCCCAAGAAACUAGGAAUGUGUGUCACGCCCCCUGUGGCCGAGUCGUAAUUAGCAGCUCAGCAUGGAAACUCAUGACGCUGCGUUUUGUUGUCGAGGAUUUCACUGAUGAAUCAGACAACGAUGUUCCCGGUGUAACGUUCGCUAACUGUGCGCAAUUCUUAGGAGUAAAUUCAGAUUCAGAAGUGUAUGAAAUACAAAUAUAUGAAAACUAACAUUUAACAUUAAGUCCCUAACGUCUUAACAAGCUUUUAAAAGAUGUUUCUACAGCUGCAUUAAUUGAUUUGACCAGGAGGGGGCAGCAGAUCACGAUUUAAACGAAACAGUGCUUCAAACAGGUUGUGAAAACAUCCAUAAUCUUUUAAACAUCUGAAGCCUUCGACUCUCGAUCAUCGCUCUUAUGGACCCGGUGGUAAAUCCCUUGAGCCUUUUUAAUGGGUCAAAGGUCUCCCAUUAAAAAAACAAGACUGAAAUCAAUCCCUCACAAUCAUGUCAUCAAAUUAGAAGAAGCUCUGUUUCCAGAAAACGAGCGAAUAGAUUAUUUCUGUUCUACGAACUCUGCUGUCAUGGGACCGGAUGUUCUCCUCUGUGUUGUGACCUCACUCUGCAGAUGUUUGUUUUUAGAAAGUGGGAUUAAACCCAGUUUUGUUUAAUGUCUUCGUAUUGGACAGUUAAUGAAGUUUCUCUUGUGUUGGUAGGAACAGUGCAUGCAUCCUUUUUCUGUGAGUCAUUUUGAAAUCUCUUUAGCUGUGAGAUACUAACCAUAGUGUAAACACCAGAUGUAUAAUGAAACUAAGGCAGACUGUGCUAACUGUCCAUCUGAUGUUAUUAAUAAAUAUUUCUAUUUA